GGUCAGAGAGGGACUGCGGCCACUUUAAGCACCCGGGUAGGUAAACGUAAAAGUCUCACUGAUUGCAGGGCCUGCAGCUAAUAGAAAUCGACAUAUACAGAGCCCCCACUGGCGUUCGCGACGAGAGCCAGGAGGAGCAGCACUCCCCAUGUCUCUCUCGUAUUUAUUUUGACUUUGGCGGGUUGUUUUCCACCUAGUAAGUGGUCCUGCUUGGCUAACUAAUAAGCGCUGUUGGCACAAAUGGACUCCGAGAGAUGCCGAAACGCCCGGACAAGCCGCGCUGCUGCUGCUGCACCCUGCCCAUUUCUGCAAGCAUCCUUCCCCUGUCUGAUGAGGGAGUGUCUGGAUUCUGGAGUGCUGGGUCAUGUAGCAGUAUAUACAUUUCUCUGUCGUUGUCCUCCCAGUCCCUCCUUUCUUUUACUUUUUUCUUGUCCAUCUAGAGGUAUCCUAAAAUUUUUGAUGACGAUGAUGCCAUGUCAGCUGUCCAGGCAAGGGUCCUUCGCCGUUCCCCGCCGGCCGAUUUGCGGUGGCAGUGGAGGUGGUAGGUACAGUACCUUGCUGGUACCCAGGCAGAGCCAGAGCAGUGUACCUUCCAUGCUUUUUGGGUGGUUGGGGCGGGGCAUUGCUCAAGUGUACACAGGUAUUCCCGUAAUCAAGCCAGGGAGUAGGUUUCUAUUGGUACCUAGGCAGGUACCGAUGCGACAGCAGCGUUUCGUUCCCGUCCCGGAUGUGCUUGGUGAUUGGCUCAUAUCACCUUCCCCAUCAUACCUACGCUAUACUAUGGGAAGAAGUGAUCCCAGAAAUGAAAUUGGUGACGCGUGUUCUUGCUUGCUGUGGUCUGUUGCUGACUGUUACCGGUCGGCGCUCACCAGUGUCCAUGAAGAAAGCAGCACCUAUCCAGAUAGGAGCUGAAAUGUGUUGGAAUGGUGAACGGAGUGAUAAGGUCUGGAACAUUCCUAGCCCAGGUUGUGACUCGUCGUCAUCAUGCGGCAAAAGGCCAGCAGUCUUGGCGGUCCCAGGGGUCCAACCUCCCAUGCACUUCAUAUUAUUUCAUCCCAUCCAUGCAUUCCAGAGAUCCGAGA